UGCGUCAUUCGUGGCAGAAAUACUGGGGACUAAUCAUCUUGUUCUUUCCUACGUGUUUCGUAUACAACGCGUUGUAUCUUAAAGCAGUCAGGUUAACAGUUAAUGUCGUGUUAGUGUAAAGUCAAAAGUGAUUAUUUAUAACUAAUAAUAUGUCGAAGACACAAAAUAAAGGUUUCACAAAAGAAGAAGAACUUCUGUUACAAGAUUUCAGCAGAAAUGUAUCCACGAAAUCAUCGGCACUAUUCUAUGGCAAUGCUCUAAUAGUAUCUGCUGUACCAAUAUGGUUAUUUUGGAGAAUCCAUAUGAUAGAUGUAUACUCUUCAUUAAUUUUAUUUGCUGUUGUAACUGCUGUAUCCACUUAUCUACUCGCUAUGGCCUACAGAAAUACCAAAUUUACUUUAAAACAUAAAAUUGCCGUUAAGAGAGAAGAAGCCGUCACAAGAGACUUGACAAAGAAGCUUGCAGAUGACAAGAAGAUGAGCAAAAAAGAGAAAGAUGAAAGAAUUCUAUGGAAAAAGAAUGAAGUCGCAGAUUUUGAAGCAACAACUUUCUCCAUUUUCUACAAUAAUGCUUUAUUUUUGGCAAUCGUAAUACUUGCGAGCUUUUAUUUGCUGCGAUCAUUCACUCCUGCUGUCAACUACACUUUGUCCAUUGGUACAACUGCUGGACUUUUAGCCUUAUUAUCUACAGGUUCACAAUAAUUUAUAUUGUUAAAUUCCAUUUCAUCUUUUUAGUAAUUUUUUUUUAUUUAUAUUGUUCAAAUGAAAAUUAAUUUACAUUGUACAAAUAAAUCGUGUUUUGAUAAA